UUUGCCAACAGCCAAUGAACCAAAAAGAAAAAGGAGAAGAAGAAGACGAAAUAGAAGUGGAGUAUCAUGGCGGACACCAGGGAGAAAGCGCUGCAAGACUACAGGAAAAAAUUACUCGAACACAAAGAAAUUGACGGGCGGUUAAAAGAAUUAAGAGAACAGCUGAGAGAACAAACUAAACAGUACGAGAAAUCAGAAAAUGACCUAAAGGCCCUGCAAAGUGUUGGCCAGAUUGUUGGAGAAGUGCUCAAACAGCUGACCGAGGAGAAAUUCAUUGUCAAGGCCACCAACGGACCCAGAUAUGUGGUUGGAUGCCGCAGACAGUUGGACAAGUCACAGCUGAAGCCAGGCACCAGAGUGGCUUUGGACAUGACUACACUCACUAUAAUGAGGUACCUGCCCAGAGAGGUGGACCCUCUAGUGUACAACAUGUCCCACGAGGACCCUGGCAGCGUCUCCUACUCUGAAAUUGGAGGCUUGUCUGAACAGAUUCGUGAGCUGAGAGAGGUGAUUGAGCUGCCUCUGACUAACCCUGAGCUCUUCCAGAGAGUGGGGAUCAUCCCCCCUAAAGGCUGCUUGCUCUAUGGGCCUCCAGGCACUGGGAAGACUCUUCUUGCCAGAGCAGUGGCCAGUCAGCUGGACUGUAACUUCCUCAAGGUGGUAUCCAGCUCUAUCGUGGACAAGUACAUUGGUGAGAGCGCCAGGCUGAUCAGAGAGAUGUUCAAUUAUGCCAGGGACCACCAGCCUUGCAUCAUCUUUAUGGAUGAGAUUGAUGCCAUCGGCGGCCGUCGUUUCUCUGAGGGAACUUCUGCUGACAGAGAGAUUCAAAGGACUUUGAUGGAGCUGCUGAACCAGAUGGACGGCUUUGACACGCUGCACAGAGUCAAGAUGAUAAUGGCCACCAACAGACCUGACACUCUGGACCCCGCCCUGCUGCGGCCUGGCAGACUGGACCGUAAAAUCCACAUUGAGCUGCCCAAUGAACAGGCUCGUUUGGACAUCCUCAAGAUCCACUCCAGUCCCAUUACCAAGCACGGAGAAAUAGAUUAUGAAGCAAUUGUGAAGCUGUCAGACGGUUUCAACGGAGCAGAUCUGAGAAACGUUUGCACAGAAGCAGGUUUGUUUGCCAUCCGCUCUGAUCGGGAGUAUGUCACUCAGGAAGACUUCAUGAAAGCUGUGCGGAAAGUGGCUGAUUCAAAGAAGCUUGAGUCCAAGCUGGACUACAAGCCUGUAUAAACCCUGUAUGUGUCAUCCUUGUCUGAUAUUUUUCAUUGCAUGUUCAUGGACUUGCAGUGUUGUUCCAUGCUUCAGUGCCAGGAAAAACUGUUUGUGGGAAGCAAAAUUAGAAAAAGUGCAUGGACACACAGUUGCUAACAAAGUGACUUUCACUAAGUGACCCAUUUCCUUUUGCUACUCUGACCUGCCUUUUUUUUAACACUGGAUUAAAAGGCUGAUCAUUCUGGCAUCCCACAAAACAAAUAAAAUGACUUAAUAUACUGAAAAUGUACUAUUCUAUCAAAAGUUCUGUGUUUUUCAAUUUAUAAUUCUUUGCUCUCCAUUAUCUUCAAGUGAGCGUGAUGGACAUUCAGCAUCUUAGUCACUGCAUUGUCCAAAACUGAUUAAAAGUUUCUUCCUAA